CAUUCACCAGCAAUAUGGAUGCUUUUUCCUUCUUACCUUUCGUCUCUUGCUAUACACCUUCCUUGCACUAUAUUAUUAAAUAGGUUAAAUAUUGGAGCAUGCCAAUGUGAAUCAGGGGUUCAUAAAGGAGUUUAAGUUUGGGAACUCUGUGUUAUAAAUAACCCCCCAUAUGGGGUCUGGGGCAUGCUUCCCCAGAAUUUCAAUGUGCUCGUAGAAAGGUUCCAGGAGGCAAGGUUGAACCACCUGAUUACCUAUACAGCUACUGAACAACUGCAGAACAUGAGUGCAAUGGUUUUGACUGGAUUCUAGAGUAGUCACCAGAUAAACUACCGUGAUUUGUAGGACAUUUUUGCUUCAGAAAGUGAGGCACAUUUCACUCAGAUUUGUAACUAUAGACUUCCUUUUCCACCGAACUAAGUCAUAGGUUACAAUCGAGGUGUGUGGUCAGUUUACCACGCAUAAUGUGAUCAUAAAUCAUCGUGGGAUCCACUGCAGGACCUGCAAUAUUUCUAAGAGAUAUAAUAUAGUGGUGUGGUGUUAUCUCUGCAGCUCUCUAUUCUAAUGGCAUCUAUUCAGUCCUGGAGAGUAACCAAGCUUUACAUUCUCCUACUUGCCAGCUUACUUGUGUUUGCACAAGUUCCCUUCUUCAUGGUGUUCUUCAUAUACAAGGAGUACGUACCUCAGAAACAUAUCUAUGCAGUGUUUGUGACCGGAAUUGCUGUUGUCUUCGAGUGUAUAGCUACUGAUAUACUUGUGUUUGUUACCGCAUAAUUAUGUGUAUUAUUAUAAUCACUGUACAUUUUUUAUUCUGUUAAUGAGUUAGCAAAUUCAUUCUUGUUCUUUGGCAUUAAUUAGUAGCAUUUAAUAUUGCCAAGAACCUAUUAAUCAUUAUAAGGCUGUGGCUAACAGUUUCAGGUCU